ACAGGUCACACAUUGAAACUCCCACUAUGCGGAGUUGUGCGUCGGAUAUAAUCGCAAGUAUGCAGUGCAUAAAAAUCACUCAGUUACCGGUUUCGCCAACAUCCUGUAACUACAUUCGCGUACCUAUGUGUAUUGUAAUAAAUUUCACUACUUCAUAAUCUUAAAACUUCUUGUAAAUCUAAUCGACGUUGAAGUUUUAACGUUCACAUAACGAUGGUAGUAAAACAAGCACAAAAGCAACACUUACCAUUUCCUACAGGUAUUUUAUGAACAUAUUAUAAUUUAUACUAUAAUUGGGUGAUAAUAUUAUUUAUUAACGAAUCUCGGACACUCUAUUAAAGCUAAAGAAAAUUUGAAAAAAAAAAAGGUUUUUUUCACUAGACGCUAUUUACCUUGUUUUUUAAUUGGGGUUAUACAGUGAUAUUGUAUUUGCCGUUUAUUAAUCAUAUGUUUAUAACAGUUUAAAAUGUUUAAAGUUCACACAUUAGGAGUAAGAUAGGGAUAGAUGUCAUAUCCAUUUUUAAAUAAAAAAAAAUUUAUAAAACUAUACAAAUUUUUAAAUUAACGGUCCUUUCGGUUAUUCUACUCAACGGGUGGAAUGCAUUCACCCCGUACACUCCUCUUAUGCCAUUUUAAUUUCUGAUCGGAGCGAGCUAUAUAUUAAUUCUAAAAUCUGUUUUAUCUGUUUUUUUGUCUGAAAACAACAUUUCUACCAGAAAGCUUGCUCCGAUCAUCAACUUUAGGGACAAUGUUUUCUGGUAAAAAUGUUGCUUAUAUGGUUUUGUUUAUUUUUUUAAAUAAUAAAUUAUAUAAUCCACGAAAAAAAAAAAAAAAUCUCAUAAACAGUAAUUUUAGCACUACGUACGAACAAACGCGAUGAUUUAUCCUGAUUAAUAAUUCAACAUUGCUUCUCGCCGAGAUGAAAUGAGAUGUAUAAUUGACAAAAUUACAUCACUCAGUUUCGAAUUUAUUCUAUAAGGCUAUUUUCUUUGAUUAAACGCUUUAAAACUGUCAUAGUUUAAUAAACUGAAUUUUAUCUUAUGUACAUAGUAAUCUAUAUGAUAUGGUGAAAUAUUAUAAAUUCCGAUUCAGAUUUCUUUUUAUUUUCCGCUCCAUUUCCUGUUUGCUUACCUAUAUACUAAAGAAUAGUGUGUAGUGACUAUACAGUAAAUAUAAUAUAUUUAUCAACAAUAGAUAUGUAAUAGGUAGGUAGGUAGGUACGUACGUAAUAAAGAAAAAAAUAUAUAUGUUAUAUAAAUAAGUAAAUAAUCGAUUUUACUUAGAUGUAAGUACUUAAUGCCAAUUCAUGCCGAAUUGCCAUCUUAUAAUUUCAACUUUCCGCUAUUAUAUCGUUAUUAUGGCACUUACUGAGUUUGCACAUUUUAUUAACAAAUGUAUAAAAAUAAAACACUAAACAUUAAAUAGUAUAAUAUUAUAAAAAGUUGAAGAAGAUUCUCUUGUAUAACCUUUUUGAAUAAAAUAUUCAAAUAAAACUCCUUUUUUUUAAAAAAAAAAAAAUAAAACGGUUGGUAUUCUGAAUUCUAAAUAAUCUGAAAAAAAUAUCACCAAAGAAUUUUCAAAUAAUCUUAAAUCAUUUUCACAAUUUCGGAAUCAUUAUUACCGUAGUGCUAAAAAAAUAAACAAAAAUAGCGUGUGACCCAUCAAAUUAGGGUACUAUUUUCAAUUCAAUUAGUUAAUAUCUCACAUUACCUCACUAUUAUAACUAGCCCUAGGAUUUAUAAGUAAUAAAAAAUGAUGAAAUAUGCAUAACGAUUUAUUAAGAAUAUGCAAAAAUAUACCAUUCAAAAUAUUAUUAAAUGAAAAAAACAAAUGUUUACAUAGUUUUAAAAUCUAAAAAGAUACGAUUUUACCAUUAGUAACGUUAUUCAAAUGUAUUACAUGAAAUGAUUAUAUGAUAUUUUAAAUGUUCAAAAAAUAAUUAACGAUCUUUUAUUAGAUCUUAAGAUGUUCUUGUAUUUACUAAAACUCCGUUUAACAUCACACGUAAUUUUCGCGUAUUUAAAUUGUGUUACUUCCCCAGAAGUUAGAUUUGAAAAACUUUCAUCUUGACUAUUUUUAUUUAAAAUAUUACGUAACAUAAACAUAGGUUUUAGUCUUAUAUUUUUUUUGAAUACAUUUUUCAUUUUACAAUUUUUUGUUGACCUUUUGAGCAAUUGUUCUUUUGUUUUUGCAAAGUUUGAAUUUGAAUUUCAACAAUCACUAACUCUUGUCGAGUGAAAGUGAGGCAUUUUAUAAUUUUAAAAUAGAUACUCCAAAUACGUCAAAAAUGUUAAACGCAUACUAACUUUUAGAUAUACACUUUUAUCCAGUAUACUUAUUUAGGGGAGUCCUCAACUCGCCGUGUAUUUUCGUUUCGUGUAUUUUGAAUAUAUUAUUAUAUUAUUAAACUUCACAAAGUUCAUAUUGAAUUUAAACUAGUAUUCAAAUUGAAUAUUAAUUCACAUUUAAUUUAAAUUUUUAAAAAAUGAACAUUUUAAUAAUAAUUAAAUUUAUUAUUAAAAUUAAAACACGAAAAUGACGUUACCAGCUAUAACCGUCCAAACGUUGAAUUUAUUCAACUUUGCGGUAUCCACGGUAACAUCUUGGUAGACACGACCAAAAUGUAUCUACCAUGAUAAUAUGAACCAGUUAGAAAAGAGUAUUUCACAUAAACUAAAACAACACGGUCAGUUAAGGACUCCUCUUUAAUCUUACAAUAUAAAACCUUCGAUAAGAUACGAUAAGAUAAGAUAAAUUGCAUUUGGGGUGUUUAUGUAUAGCGAUAAAAUGCCAUAUAACAAUGUAUGCUAUAAAACACGAAUUUUCCGCAAUUUUGUAAUAAAAUAUGCAAUAUUAUUCAAUGUAUUCAAUAUAUGUGAAAAAAAGGAAAAAGAAACACCAUUUUUUACUUCAACAUGAACUAAUAGGUGAAUACAAGGUCUGGCUAUUAAAUAACGAGACUGCUUAUGAAAAAUGGUUUUAUUUUAAAAACUAUUCCACAACCGUAUAACUGGCAAAAACAAUAAUCAAGAGUUUCAAAAAAAACAUGACAAUGCAUAUGAAUCUUAGCCCUAAUUAUAACUAUUAUAAUGUUUUUUGCAACAAUCUACACAAAAAUAUUUGUUGCAUUAAUUUUUGUUUUAUAGGUAUAAUUUAACAACUAGCAUAGUAUUUAAUGUGCAUAAAAAAAAAUUAUAAUUUGACAUAAUUAAACAUAAAAAUAUAUUAUUACCUAGGUACUUGUUUACUAACAGUAGGUUUUAUGAAAAUUGAUGUAAUCUGAACACAAAAUUACAAUUAAUUGUACUCGGUGGCUCAUUUGACAAGUAUAGACAAAUUAUUUGAUUACAAUUAUCAAAAUAAAGUACUACAUGAGUAAACAUAAUGCAAAUUCAAGAUUAAAAAGACGGAAAUACUUCAUAUGAUGGGUGAACGACUGUUAUAGGUGAGAAGUUGGAAAGGCAGAACAAAAAAGUAAUUUAAGUACCUUCCUACGCCGAUUUCCUUUCAGAAAAGGUGCUACACUUAAAAAUUGAUCAUGAGCUGUUCAUGAACCACCAAGACCUAAAUAGUAAUUAAAAUUGUGUUUAUUUCAGUAAUUAUUAUAAGAGUCACAAUUUUCUUACGAUACAUAAAAUAGUACUUUAAUUUUAAAACUGUCUAGUAUUUUAUUUAAGUAAUUUUAAUUUAAUUUUUUGUAUAAUUGAUAUCUACUUCCCUGUAAACAAUAUAAUUCAUAAGAUAGAUACACAAAUAACUGUAUGACUAAACGUUAUCAGCAGAGUAACAAAAUGUUUGUAACCAAAAGUACAAGAGCUACACAAUUGUUAAGUGAAAAAACAAAUUAACGCAGUGUUUAUUUUAAUUGUACACAAUGGCCGAAGUGGCUCAAAAUAAAUGGAGGGAUGCCUAAAUUUGUAUACUAUUCAUAAAUUAUGGCUUAUACACGUGGGGGUGAUUGGAGGUGGAGAUGAGUUGAACCCAUAUGGCCCUAUACCUUAUUUUUAUAACACAAAUUUAUAUAUAAUAUAUAUAUAUAUAGUAUAUAUUAUUUUUCCGUUUGAUGUUUUAUUUGUUGAUACAUUUAAAUUUGUAUAUACAUAUAAUUAUAUUUUUAAAACAUAUUAACAUAUAUGUAUAAUUUAUGCACAUGCAGUUUAUCAAUAGGUUCUAACAGUAUACAUUAUAUCAUUAUAAAGUAGGUAUAAAAAAAAAAUAAAAAAACUAAAUUAUUACAUUAAAUACAUUUGUCAUUACUAUAGUCUAUAGACUAUAAUGACAUAUUAUGAUAUGAAAACAUCAAUAUAAAUCGAUUAUCUUUGUAUAUAAUAAUAAGGGGGAUGUAUUAUUUUGUACAAAAUAAGUGGAGGGAUGAAAAAUGUAGAUUAUAAUAAGUAGUGGGAUGUCAUCCCCCCGUAUCCCUUCCCACUUCGACCACUGAGUAUACAUUAUUAUUAUUACCUAUUUAUUUUAAUAAAAUAUUAUCCACCUUAUGAACUCAUGGAUAGAACAAUAUUUAGGGGAGAGGGAAAUAAACAAACUCGAUUAAUUUUGAGGUGAUUUUAAAAUUACGGCGCAACAAAAAAUAUUCGUUAAAAUUUGAAAUGUGGACAAAAAACUUUUAUUUGCUUUUUCAAGACAUGGUAAAAUUUUUAAAAUAUUUCAUCCUUUUUUGAGCUUUUUAUGUACAUUUUAAUUUUGGAAGUUUUUUACGUCAUUUUUUUCGGUAUGUACACUAUGGAUACAAAUUGUUAAACCAAACCAAAAUGUUUGAAAAUUUAACAAGAAGUUCAUUAAAAGUCAUACUUUGAGGCAAAAAAAAAUUGAAUGUAGAAAUUCUGACAAAAAUUGUAAAUAUUACGGUCUUUCAAAAGAUAUGUAACCAAACUUCGCUCAAAAUCGUUUUUGAUGAGCAAUGAUUAAUCGUUGCAUACAGAUAUACAUAAAAUUUCCCUCUAUAUCCUACUCACCCAACUUCUCAACUACAUCAAUGGCCCAUCCAUCUUGAGAAAUAUGUCCGUAUAUUUUUUAUAAUAACAAUGUAAGAAAAAUAUAUUUUUUAAGACUAAAACUAAAACGAUUAAUUUCUCUAUUAAAAUUAUUCUAGUAAAUUUGUCUAAUUAUUUAGAAAAACUGUAUUAGUUUUGAAAUACAACAUAUUGGAAGUAGGGUUCUAGCUAUGCCUAUUCAAAUAUUGUAAUAAUACAUAGUUUAAUAAUUGAUUAAACAUUAUUUGUGACUUAUAUUAUUUGACACUGUGUAAAUCUGUAUACAGGUCCACACGCAACAGGAUGUAUGGACCUCAUGACUGAAUAUUCUCCGGAAGGGUGUUUUGCAAGGAUAUUUUAUCCAACUAAUCUUCCCACCGAAAAUUUGGAAGUAUGUAAAAAAAAAAUCUUUCAAUUUAUUGUUACAAAUGCAAUUCAAAACAAUUACGUACCUAAUUAUUUGUAGAUUAAAAGUGUAGCGAGGGAUCUAUUGGUUUUACUAUGAUAUGAGUUUUUUUUAUUUUUGUCUGUGAACUACUUUUCUACCGAGAAACUUGCUCCAUAUUAUGGACUGUAGCACAUUUUCUCAAAUUGGUGCAGUUUAGAUCAUUUUCUGAUUUUCUAAGGGGUUUUCGAAAUAAUUGGGAAAACUACAAAAGAAAUAAUAGAUAAAACGGCAAAUAUUUACGGCAUACCACGGCGUUACCGUUUUCGUGUUUUAAUUUUUUUUUACACGAUAUUUUCUACCAGAAAUAUUGCUCCAAUUCAAAAAUGAUAAGGUAUCGAUUUUAUUAUAUUGAAUAAUAAUAAUAUAGCCACUGGCAUGGAAUGUUGUUUUUGUUAAUGAUUGGGAAGAUAAAUAUUUUAAAUUUGUACGCUUUCCAUUUUCUAUCAGAAAUAUUGCUCCAACAGAAAAACAUCUAGUGAUAUUUUUUGUAAAAUUUUUAAUCUAGUUGAUGAAAAAAUUAGUAUUUUCUUAAUAGUUUUUUUUAAUAAUUGAGCAAAACCGAAAAAUACCAAAAAAAAAAAAACGGGAAAAUUUACGAAAAUAAUUAUGUUAUUAUUUUUAAUUUUGUUUUUUUAAUUUAAUUCAGUUCACAAUAUUCAUGGAAAUUUAAAAUAAUGACAGAAAACUUAUAUUUACUUUUUCUAAACGUAAUAAAACUUUUAGAACAUUUGAAAAUUAUUGAACUAUUUAUAGACAUUAUAAUUUUACGAGUUUUUUAAUGUAAUUUUUAUUUGGUAGGUACUCUUUAGAUAAAUGGUUAAUCGCAUUUAGAGGUAAAAUAAAAUUAAUUUAAUGUAAUAUUUUUUUUUUUUUUUUAAAGAGUUUUAAAAUCAAAUUUUGACGAAUAUCGUAAAUAUAACGAAAAAUGUAAAACCGAACUUCCCUCUGAAUCGUUUUUCGUUAUCAAUGGUUUAACGUUGGCAUUACAGAUAUAUAAUUCAAUAACUUUAUAGAUUUACCUUUCCCACAACAAUGGCCGCACUCUUAGCCGGUAUCAACUCUUUAUUUAUUUUUUAUUUAUCCAUAUUCAUUAUUCAAUGAAGUGAAAUGUUCAAAACAAAGUCAACUAUACAAUGGUUACAAUGAAUAUAUUUUUGGUUCCAUAAUAAAAUAAUGACUGAAAAUAAAAAAGUAAUUACAUAUAUGCAUUAUAUAUUUUCUUUAAUAAUAUUUGUAUAAUAUUGCACCCAUUUUCUCGUUUUUCCUACGUUUUUCCCGUUUUUAUCCUGGUUUUUUUCCAUUGAUUGGGAAAACUUUUAAUAAAAUCAAAAAAUGACUUCACUAAAGUACCUAAUCAGUUACAUUUACUUUUACAAAAAGUGCUAUCAUUAUAAAUUGGAACAAAAUUACUGGUAUACAAAUUGUUCACAGGUAAAAAAAAAAAACAUUGUAAAACCAAACACAUUCCUCGUUCCACUCAGUCUAUUAAUGUUAUGUAUUGAAGAUGUUAAGAACGUUAUUAAAAUACUUAUUGACCCGACAAUAAUAAUAAUAUAAGUUAUAACAAUAUGAUUAAUAUUAACAGGUCUAUGAAAAUAUAAACUAACUUACUUCAAAUAAUAAGUUAUUAUUUUUGUAAUUGUUUAUUUUAUGUUUUCCUUCUCCUUCGCCAUUGCUCCAACUAUUUAAGAUGAACCAAUUGCCAAAUUGAUUUUAUAUUUAUUAUUAUGGUGUUUCAGAAAUAUUCGGACAAAUGGGUUCCGUGGAUGCCACAUCCAAUGUAUUUAAAAGCAUAUGCAAAUAACCUUCGAGUACCUUUUUUCAUAUUAAAAUACGGUGAAAAAUUACUGAAUCAAGGUUAUUAUUUAUAUUUAACUAUAAAACAUUUUAUUUUAAUUAGUAUUAUGCAUAUUUAAAAUAAGAUUUAACUAAUUCUUAAAUGCAGUCAUAACCUAAACCAACUAAGUUGGUUCAAAAAACAAUAUUUUUGACAUUUCGCCACUACCGUUUCGCUGUUGGACCGUUUCACCGCUGAAAAUUAAAUAAAAAAAUUAAACCGCAUAAUAUUUAAUAUUCAAAAAUAGUGUGGUUCCCCCUCAUUAUGCAAUUUACAAAUUCUAAAUAUCUACACAAUAUAUGCAUUUUUCUACCAGAAUGCUUACUCAGAUGUAUACGAUACAGACCGUUUUCUGAAAGGGAAUUUUCUCAUCAAAUGUGAAAAACCGAAAAAAACGUAGAAAAGGAGAAAAUGUAAAAAAUAUAGGUAUUAGUUAAAAAAUAUUACAGCCUUCAUUUUCUCUGUAAACAACAUCUUGUGAUUUUUGAUUAAAUCAUUUUUUUCUGGUAGAAAACGUCGUCGUGUUAUUAUGAAAUAAUAAAAUCAUGAAAUUGUACGUUUUCCUAAAUGUUUUCUCCCUUAAGUGCUUUUAUUUAAAAAAUGACAUCGAAUAUCAAAAAACGUUUUCUUUAAAGUACAAUUUGAACUUUCAGAAAAGUUACUACACGUAAAAAUCGGAACGAGUUUACUAGAAAAAAUGUGUCCACAGACUAAAACAAAGAAAAUAGAAAAAAAGAAAUAAAAAUCUUAGUAAACAAAUAGCUCCCUCGCUACGCUCGGAAUCUAAAAUACAAAUUUUUUAGUUAAAUAAGUAUUUCAUGUUUUUAUUACACAUUUUAUCAAAAAUAACAACAUACAUAUUUACAUAUUUGACAUUUUUAUUAGAUAAAAAUCUAUUCCCUAAUCAUAACUAACAAUAUUUUAGAUAAUUAAUUAUUAAGUUACUAAUAUCUGUUUUGAUAUAAUCUGUUAUGUAAAGACAUUGAUAAUAUUAAAUACAUAGGUUUACUUGUUUUUACGCCCCGUGGUUGUUAUUAAGUCUAAUAAAAAGCCAUAGAUAAUAUUGUUGAUUUGAUUAAAGGAUUUAUAAGGAAGUACCAAAAAAAAAAAAAUCAAACUAUGAUAAUUUAUUAUGAUUUAAAUUUAUAUCAAUUUAUUUAUUUCGGUUCUUUUAGGAGCGUAUUACAUUCCAACCAUUAGUGAUGCACCGUUGUCGGACAAAGAAGAAUCUUAUCCCUUGAUCAUAUUUUCACACGGCUUCUCGGCGACGAGAUUCAUUUGUUCGGAAUAUUGUAAUACAUUGGCGUCGUAUGGAUUUAUAGUAGCAGCCAUUGAACACAGGUCAGUAUAAAGUUCUAUUGGUCCAAUAGAUAGGGUCUAUAUAGAGGCCCUGUCAAAAUGUCAACUGUCUACGAUAAUUUUUAACCGAUUUACAACACAAAACUAAAAUCGAAAAUAACGAAACCAUAAAUGUUGUAAACUUUCCCGUAUUUCCUACAGUUUUUCCGGUUUUUCCAAUUAUGAUGAAAAUUACACUCAAAAUCUAACAAAAAAAACUUAUUUUGUAAAUGGUUGGCCAUUGUUGUAAGUGGAAAAUUGGAAAGGUAGGACAAAUAAAGUUAAUAUAAUAUUUUAUACCUGUACAUACUAUUACUAACGAAAAAUGAUAUUGAGUAAAAUUCGGUUACACAUGGUUUGUAGUGCUUUAAUGAGUAUAAAAAAAAAAAAAAUACUACUUACGUUACUCUCAACUUAUUUUUAUUACUAAGUUAAACUUAUAAUGAACCUUAAAUUAUAUUUUCAAGCAUUUCUGUUCAGCCAAACAAUACAAUUAUGUAUAUAAAUAAAACCAAAUAAAAAAUAAAGAAUAAUCGACAAUGUUCAAAGCCUAUAAAUUAAAUAGCUCAAAAACCUCCUUAAUAUUUUUUUUUUAAAAUUUGAUUACAUUUAGAAAAAGAUAUUAGAAUUUCUAAUAUUUUUAGCAAAAUUACAAAUUUGAAAAUAAAUAAACUAUUAUUUCUACUACUAUUAGUCCUCUACUCACAGUGUCAUUUUGUUUCGUGUGAAAUACUCUUUCUUGGUUAACUCAUAUUAUCUUUGUAGAUACAUUUUGAUCGUGUCUACCAAGACGUUACCGCGGAUAACGCAGAGUUGAAUUAAUUAAACUUUUGGACGUGCUGGUUAUAGCUGGUAACGUCAUUUUCGUGUUUUCAAUUUAAUAAUAAAUUUAAUUAGUAUUAAAAUGUUCAUUUUUUAAUAAUUUAAUUUAAAAUUUAAAGUAAAUGUGAAUUAAUAUUCAAUUUUAUUAUUAGUUUAAAUUCAAUAUGAACUUUGUAAAAUUAAAUAAUAUCUAAUGUUAUGUAAUCGUAAAAUGUACAUUUUUUUAAGGACAGAUUAGGGACAAAACCCACGACACGACACAACACGAGGUGAGGACUCCCCUUUACAGACUUCUAAUUUUGAAUAAACGUUGUGGUUAGGUUAUCUAAAAAUGCCAAUGUAAUAAAAAUAAAAUAGGUACUUCAUACAUAUUAAAUUUACCCAUAUAAUAUUAUGACCUACAGACUUAAAAUUAAAUAAAAUAAACUUAUAAUUUUGUGUCCUAAUGGCUGGACCAAAUUGUAAUUUCUUCUGUUUCUUCAUCUUUCUUCUGAUCACUUCCUGCUACUUUAAGUUCAGAAAUUCGUUCAGUUUUUUGCUCUUCUUUUGCUAUUUGUUUUCAGCUUAUGCACUUUUACUUUUUAGUAUUGCGUAUUAAUUUGACUGUACCUUUUAUACUAAUCAAUCGAUUUGAAAAAAAAUUUGAACAAACAACACUGUACAAUCAACAAUACUAUUGCCAUAAUAUUUCCAAAAUAAACAUAAAACCUGAUAUACGAUCAGGAAAAAGAUAACAGUAAAAAACUUAAGAACAUAAAUUAAGUAACAGUUCAAGAAAUAUGGCAAUGGUACACAGCAAACAUUAUAAUUAUUCUUUAUAAGUUGGCUAAUUCCAAUAUUGAAACCAUAAGGGUCUAAACUCUAGAAUUAGAACAAAUAUUCAGGCUAGUCGGUGUAGUAUAUUAAUACAUUACCAAUAUUGCCCAAAAAAUUGAGCGAAACUCAAAUUGCUUUUAAAACAAUCUGGGAACUUAUUAGGAUAUACCCUUCGUAGAAACUCAGAAACCAAUUAGAACAUACUAUUCGUAAAAACUCGUGAACUCUAAAACUAUAUUACAAUAACAUAAAAAUGUGUUUUUGUAACGUUGAACAUUAUUGUUUUAGAAGUUUACCAUUUUUUUUUUCUUUUUAGAGACAACUCAUCAGCGAUUACAUUUUACUAUGAAUCACCAGAAAACGCAGAGGCAGACCUCCGUACAUGGGUCCAAUAUCAUGAUUUACGGAUUGCUAUCAAAAACACAGAUGUAGACCAUUACACCUUUAGAAACGAUCAAGUAAUUAAAUUUUGUAACACUUUUCAACCCAUGUUACUUAUUUAACGAGCAGUCUAUAUUCACUAUUUAAUAGUUAUACAAUCUCUUAUAUAUUUUGUAUCUGAUAACUAAAGUAAUUUGUUAAUUUGUAUCUAUAUAUCAUUAGAUGAAAUUAAGACACAGAGAAUGUAUCAAACUCUUAGAUACCAUUUUAAAUAUCAACAAAGGUGUUCCUAUAGAAAAUGUUCUCAAAUCAUCGUUUGACUUAAAACAACUCAAGGUAAAACAGUUAUUACUGAAUCGAACUAUUAUUUAUAGUCUAUAAAUAAAUACAAUACAAAAAAUAUUAUAUCAUUCGAAAAAUAAUAAGUUUAGGUGAUUAUUAUUUUUUUUUUCUUAUCAGAAUAAGAUAAACAUAGACAAAAUAAUUUCAUCUGGAUUUUCAUUUGGUGGAGCAACUGCGAUGUAUAACGCAGCUAAUGACAGUCGUUUUCGGUAAGUUCAAAAUUUAUGUCAAUAAUCUACAAAAAACUUUAGUAACACGAGCAAAAACUAUUCAAAUAAAAUUAUAUACCAAGUGAUCCAUUUCUAUAUCAUUAUUUUUUAAUCAAUAAUUUAGAUACAAUAGUAGUCAGUAGAUAAUAUAUUACAAAUUGGUAGUAGGUAUAGACGUAUAUGGUGGGUAAGUUUUGAACGGGUCAUAUCAUUUAUACAUAUUAUAUCAAUAUGUAUAAAUAUUAAAAAUACGCUAAACGGUAAAUAACUGCAUUUUUGAUAUUAAGGAUUGUAAAAAUUACUUCUAAGAAAUACGCAGUCAUACGGAUCAUGAAAUAUAUAAUGCUUAUUUAUAAUAUCCUAAUACAAAUCCUAAUUCGUCUUUAUCUAUUUAUAGUACGAACUACAAAAUUUAUGAAAAUUUAAAAAAAAUAUUUUCCAUAUUUGAACAAAACACAACAACGUUCAUGUUCAUUUGAACAUUGUAAACUGAACGCGUUUAAAUAAUCGCGUUUUUUCCAAUACUAUUUUUUUUAUUGUUACCUAUGAAUAAACUCAAAGUAUACAUUAUAAUAUAACUUUAAUAACAUUUUAGAUUCUAAGUGGAGUGAAGAAGCUUAUAGUUUUACAAAGAUGUUUAUUAUUUAUUAUUCUUUUUUUUUCUUUAUGUAAACAAUUUUUCUACUUUUUCCCAGCGAGUGUGAAAAACCGGGAAAAAACAUGGGAAAACCAGGAAAAACGUAGGAAAAACGGAAAAAUCGGUAUAACAUUACAUAAAUAUUAUUAAAGAAAAUGUAUAAUGCCAAUUUACUUAUUUUACCACAAUACGAUUAAUAUUUAGUUUGCAAAGCAUCGCUAUCAACUGAACUCCGCUCAGAAUCGUUUUUUCGUAAGCAAUGGUUUAUCGUUGCUUACAAGUAUACAUUAUAUUACCUAUAACAGUAGCUGCACCCGUCCCCAUUAUUUCAGGACGUAUUUUUAUUAUUUACUUAUACUCAUAAUUUAUGUGGUAUUUAAAGGGCAUUGGUAGUCGUCGAUGGUUGGAUGUUUUCUAUAAAAUCGGAGCAACUAAACAUUAAUGUACCAAUAAUAUUCAUCAACACACAUACGUUCCACACACCAGCAAACAUAAAUGUGCUCCUCAAGUAUUUUUAUUCCAAAGGAAUUCGAAAACUGUACACAUUAAAGAACACUACACACGAAAGUGUCACUGACACGGCUAUUUUGUAUGGUUAUUGGUUGAACCCUCUUAUGCUGAAAAAAAUGAACGCCAAAAAAGCAUUAAAUAUACAGAGCAGUCUUACGGUUAGAUUUUUACAAGAAAAUAUUGGUAAGUGCAUACGCCAAAUUUUAUUGUGAAUGAUUCGUAAAUCCAGAGAUAAAUUUUUUUUUCUUUUACAGGCUAUCCUAAUAGUUGUGAAAAUUCCCAAAUAUUUGUAGAAAAACAUGCCGAUGAAAUAGUUGAAGACAUAAUUAGAUAUGCUACAAAAGUUAGAAGGACAACAGCACUGUUUUUUUAAAUGAAAAAUUAACAAAUAAUUAAACUUAUUUCUUAUAGUAUAUUUUUAUAAUAAUUACUAUCAUUAAGUUAUAUAAUUUGCUUGAAGUAUUUAAUCUUCCUAUAUUAUAAAAUUAGUUAACAUUAU